AUGAGUGUGUUCGUUCCUCCGGCUACCUACAGCGAGAUUUCGGCCAGACGCAAACAUUCUUCUGUCAUCGUCAAAUUCCGUGAUGAUUCGGAUAACGGGAGUAUUCAAGGUAAGAUUAGCAAUCAUCAAUGAAGCCUGUGGCUUUCAAGCUUGUUGAAUCUCUUUGCAUAACUAGGUCAGGAUUUGAUCGUCGAUCGACUGAUGUGUUUCUGGCUUAUUGUUUUAUUAGAUUAGUGUGUUUCCCUGUGGAUAAUGUUCGCUUCGAACAUAGUUAGGCAACCAGCAAUGUCCGUCUAUUCAUUCUGCUUCUGAAACCAAAUUUAUCUAAACGGUCACCAAUUACUGCAGAAAGGAUGAUACAAUCAAUGUCCUCUUAUUUGAUGAACGAGCAUCGCUGGAGUCAGAAUGCCCUCUCUCCAUUGCGUAAGAUUAGUUCGUAUACAUUGAGUGAGGGUCUCCUGUUCCUUCCUCCCCCCUCUCCAACCAAUCUAACAGCCCAAUCAUUCCAUUCCCCAUCAACUCCGUCAUCCAAUCAAUGGACUCUCCCGGUUCUUCAGACAAAGGGUAAGUUUAACAAUAAGUCCAUUACUUUAUGCAACCUUUUUAUUUUGACCCCUCACCUUAUUGAAUUAUUUAUGAACAUUAGUUCCGUUAUGACACAAAAUUGUAAACCCUGUUAGGUGGUUUAGAAGUGGGAUGCAAGGAAAGAGGAAUAACCGAGUAG